CUGUGACUGCCUGUUGUCUUUCCCCCCUCCCCCCGUGCUCUUGGCCACUGGCGCAGCCAACACGCAUUUUUUUCUCCUCUACAGGACUUGGUUAGGCCAUUUUACAGCCCGCUCACAGUGGACAAGCCCAGAAAAAUAGUGCCCACUUCCGCCCCCCAGCGUAGAGCCAUCCGCCAAAACUUGCAAAUUUUUUGCAGUGACGGCCUCUUCACCCCCCCCAAAACCCAAAAAACGACGGCACCACGACCAUCACGACGACACAAAUCGUCGCCAAAACCACCCGCGCCACGCCUUUUCAUCGCCAUCGAGACGGGUUUUCAUCUCGGAAUCGUGCUCUCGUAAUUCCUGCAACGUCCGUUUCUCCCGAAAACGGAUGUUGCCCCUGUCGAUGCUAUGACUGAGGUCGGGCACGCCGAAAUCACGCGGCUCCUUCAAUCAAAGCGCAAUGAGUGCAGUGCAAUUCUAACGUCGCGCAAGCGUAAGCUGCGUGAACUCUUCGCGGUCGCGACCCAGAUCGAGCCGCUGCCCCAGGAUGCUCUCGACAAACCAUCCGUCACCGCCGCCGAGUGGCAGUUUCUACAGGCGAACGAUAUCCAACAGGGCCGAAUACUCAACGAACAGCUCAUACCUACCCGGCCGGCACUCUCCGUUCAAGGCUUGAAGCGCUCGCUGGCUGCUGCGACCGGUGCUGCUGGCCCUUCGUCUGCGUCUGCUCCUCCCGCCAAGAAGCCCCAUCUUCAACCUACGCCCGCGCAUCUCGCCACAGGCCCUUCUUCCGUCUCCUCUUCCGCCUCUACUCCUGGCUCAGGCUCGACGACACCCAUCACCCGUCGACCUGGACCUGCUACGCCGACGCUCCUCCCGCAAACCAACACUCAAACCGCUGCUGCUGCCGCCAGCCCGAAGCCACUCUCUCCUCAAGUCUCGCUACCUCCAGGCUCGUCUAAGCCAUCGCCGACAGACACUACACGACCGCCCCUUCAUGUCAAGAACGCCAACGCGCGCCCUGGUGAGGAGUCGCUGACUGUCAAGCUACCCCAAGAUGGCGCUAGACAAACCGACGCUGCGUCGUCUCCAGGUUCAACUGCGCCCAGCGCAACCACGCCUGCCGUGCACGAAGUCUCGGCCAACACGAGCCCCGAUCACGAAGGAUCGCAGUUUGUAGUUGACACUAGCGACAAGCCGGCUCUGAAAGCAGCCCAAGAUGCGGCAGACGUCAAGGAAACCGAGGCCUCUGCGUCAGCAGAAGACCAACUACUCCAAGAGUCUAUACGAUCAGAGAAUGAAUCCAAGGUUGUUGCAGGCAGCGGUGCUAACAAGUCUAGUCCAAGUGUGUCUACGGCAAACAAGGUUGAAGUAGCUGACAGCCAGGACGAGAUGGAUGUAGAUUCCGUCGCGCCAACCACAACCAACAACACCACCACUACCACCACUAAUAACACCACCUCCUCAUCCGACCGAAACACAUCCUCAAAGCCUCCUAUACCUACAUCACACACAACUACGUUGUCGACGAGCAAGGAUUCUGCCGCCGUACCCGAGCGCGCGGUGACGAGAGUCUCUUCGGGUGCCAUGAGACUGAAAUCUGUCAAUGAGAUUGUCGGAGGUACUUCCCGCCAUCCCAAGACUACUGACAAGACCAAUGGCACUAAGCGUCCUAAAGAUCAGCUUACCCCGUCCGCAUCGACUCCCCAGUCCCCGGCGUCGAAAGCGAAUCCCAAGGACAAGAGCCGAAGCAACCAAAUGCCUACCGUUCUCUUUGGCAAGCAGCCCAAGCGCGUCGACGACAAGUCCGUUGUCCCUGGUGGUCAGUCAAAGGACUCGUACCAUCCCUUUGAUGACUACUACACUCCCCUCUUUAUCCAAAACUUUACUGGUGCCACAAACUGGAUGCAGCCUAUUGAGAAAGUCUUGUUCCAUGCUAACAAGACGCUUGCUACUACUGACGCUAAUCUAGCGAUCCAGGACCACCAAGCAUGCAAAGUGCUCAGACGGGUCUACCAUCUGCAGCAGCAUGAUAAGUGGUCUCUUCGCCAGCCAAAGAGAUGCCCGGAACCUACCAGACCAACCUCGCAAUGGGACGUGCUUAUCCAAGAGAUGAAGUGGAUGCGCACUGAUUUCCGCGAGGAGCGCAAGUGGAAGAUGACAGUAGCCAGAAACCUUGCGUACUCGUGCGCUGAAUGGCAUGCAUCAACGCCUGAAGAACGCAAACUUAUGCAAGUCGCCGCCGUCAUUCCUCCCAUUGGUAAAGCCGAGGCUUCCCAAGAAGAUGUCAAGAUGGCUGGAACUGAGGAUGAGACCGCUGAUGAUCACCCCACACCCGAUCUCAUGUCAUCUGGAGAUGGUGAGUCACUCCCCAACGAGGACGAGAUUGCCGAGACGUUUGUCGAGACAGUCGCGCCCUCGGCCAUCUUCUCUCUUCACGACGACGACGUCGUGUUUGGCCUCAGAAAGACACAGGCGUCCGAGGAGCUGUUGGAGGAGCUGCCGCUAUUCGGAGCACCCCUCAAGAUUCCUCACUCAGACCCUACAGACCUGGAGUUUGACCCCGAUGCGCACUGGCGACGACCUGCACUCCCCAUCAGCAAGUAUGUUGAGGGCGAGAUGAAGAUUACCUCGCGCGGACCUCCUCGUCGACGUGGCCGCUUCGACCACCAGAACGAGGAGUCUGAUGAUGAGGGCGACAGCACCUUUGCUGCUGAUCACGUCUCCAUGCGCGCUGUCUUGCCAGCCAGCGACAAUGAUGUUGCGCUCUUCAACCCCGAGUCUAAAGCCAUCCGUGAUAGACUUCACGCCGGACACCAGUUCCGUCCCCCAUCUGAAUAUCCCAUGCCCACCCAAGGAUUUUAUGAGUGGCGUAGCUCCUCUCAAUGGACCGUCACAGAAGACGACGAGCUUCGCAGUCUCGUCCGAGAGUACUCGUACAACUGGUCUCUCAUUUCCAACAUGCUAUGCACAAAGUCCCUGUUCCAGUCAGGCCCCGAACGCAGAACCCCGUGGGAGUGCUUUGAGCGAUGGAUCAAUUUAGAAGGGUUGCCUGCUGAUAUGCAGCGCACGCAGUACUUCAAGACAUAUAAUGGUAGAAUCGAAGCUGCUCAGCGAGUCAUUGCGCACCAGAACCAGGUUGCCGCCCAACAAGCGCAACAAGCAAGCACCGCAGGCAACGUUGUUACGCCUCUUCGACGCAGACCUUCCACGCCGGUACGAGUAGAACGCCGCAAGAACCAAAAGCACUUGACGCUCAUUGACGCCAUGCGACGUCUUGCCAAGAAGCGCGAAGCCAACGCACAGAAGGCACAGCACAACGCGCAGCAAAACGCUGCCAAGAAGGUCAAUGAGGCGAUCCCUCAACGGCCCACCAAGACACCAAGAGACUACAGUUUGCUCCGAUGGGAGCGCGAUCAGGCCCUCGCCGAGAAGAUGGCCCAGUAUGCCCAACGACAAGAGGCACAGCGCCGCGCUGCUCUUCAAGCGAGAGCUGCGCAAAACGGCCAGCUUGCCGCUGCCGCUGCUGCUGCCGGAGGUAACUCCAACGGCCUUCCUCAAGCCAACGCCGCCAUGCAAGCUGGUAACGCAGCCGCAGUGGCAGCCGCCGCCGCUGCCGCAGGCCGACCUGUUGCGAACCAACUCGCAGCCGCAGCAGCAGUUGCCGCAGCUGCAGGACAGGUCCGACCUCGUGUGCCGAUGCAAAACGGUGCUAACGGUGCUAUUGUCGCUGGAGCAGCCGGCCAAGUUAACGGCGCCAUGCUACCUCCAGGCCAACAGAUUAAGGGUAUCCCUCAGGCACAACUGCAAGCCGCCAUGGCCAGCCAGCAGCAGCGUUUGGCAGCAAUGGCCGCGCAGUCAGCAGCUAACGGCCAGACCGACCCCAACCUGAUGCUGCGAGCACAACGCAUGGCUGAGCAGCAGCGCGCGGCCGUGAUGCAGCAACAUGCUCAGGCAAUGGCCCAACAGCAACAACAGCAACAACAACAAGGCGGAGCCAGCAGCCCCGGUCAACAACCACAGUCGUCACCUCCUCUGCGCAAUGGUGUCGUCGCCAACGGCGUCGCCCAGCAAAACUUUGCCGGCAAUGCCAACAUGAUGGCGGCCAACUUUGCUAGCAUGCAAGCACAGCAGCAGGCGCAACAACAAGCAGCACAGCAACAGCAAGCCAACGGUGCACACAUGGCUAACGGCGCAUCGCCCGCGCCGCGCAUGGCAACCCAGGUACCGCCCGGCAUCCUGCUCCAGCUUAACCAGCUCGACGCCCAGAUCCGCGCUAAGCACCCCAACAUGACGCCCGAGCAGUCGCGCGCUCUUGCCGCAGAGCAGCUCACGCGAGUGAUGCAGCAGCAGCGCGCCAUGAACAGCGCCGCCGGAAGCACGGGCAUCGCCAACAGCAUCGCGGCGACUAGCAGCCCACAGCAGUAUGCGGCGCUUCUCCGUCAGCAGCAGCAGCAACAGGCAGCCGCGCAGCAACAAGCCCAGCAGAACCAGCAGAUGCAGCGUGUUGCGUCGGCCCAGGCCCAGCAACAAGCUGCUGCCCAAGCUGCCGCCGCUGCUCGCCAGGCAAGCAGUACGCCAGCAUCCGACAAGUAAAAAGAAGAGCUUGUGUCUGUUGUUUCUUUUCUCUUGUACCCCCCCUUUGAUGUUGAUGCUUUGAAGCAGUGGCUGGUUCAUGGUGCUUUUUUAUAUUCUCUUGUUGAUGGUUCUUUGUGCUUUUUUUGUUUGGCCGGACGGUUUUUAUUGAGCGGUGUUUGUUACAUACCAUACCCCCUUUCAUUUUUUGACACACCCUCUUCUCUCUCUCCGCUUGGGGGCUUGCCUCCUCCUCCUUUACUAUCUUACUAACCCGCUGUAUAUACACCCGUUAAUUAUUACCUUUUAUUACCUCUUUCGAAACUGUUGUCUUUUAAAUGUGUAUGUAUGUAGACAUUGAUGUAGUUACGGACAUCUAAAAUGUUUAAAGUGGACUAGAUGAUGGUAUAACCAUAAGAACGGUUUGAGAGUUCAGUCAUGGGAGACAAGCACGAGAUUGGUACAUAGUAACAUAUAUAUUUCUAAAUAAUAUAUCGAAAAAAGAGUCCAGAAAACGCCGAAAAUGUGCCGCCAAGCAGAGUGACAGACAAGGACGCCCUCGUCCAAUCACCAUCACCAGUCUCUAUCAACUAACUGACUGAUACCUUGGCUAUUUUGUAGGAACAAAGACAAUAAAGAUAAAACAAGCCCUAAUCAAUAUUUAAACACGCAUCAAUCAUCUCAUACGGCGCUCCCGCCGUUCCCUCCGUGCCCGGUCCCGUCGCGGCCAAGCAGCAAAUGAGGCUUGAUAAAGUCCUCGUCGAGCUGGCGGAACAGACUACUCGGGUCCUCGGCCGACAGGAACUGGCGGAUAGCGCCGCGGGCAGUAAUAGGCUCGUGCGGCGACGAGGGCACAUUCGACCCAGGCGUAGGAGACGAGACAUUGUUGCUCGAGGAGCCCGUGGCGGGACGGGGGCUUCGGCGCGCAGGAGGAGGCAGGUCAGAGACGUCGACGUCGCUGCCAAACUCGGAGUCUUGGUCGUCGGACAAAAGGCCCGUCUGCGCCGAGUUCUUGCGGCUGAGGGAGCGGGCGCGGCCGUCAUUGUUGCUGGGCGAGGCGUGGCCCGAGACAAACUGGGAGCGGUGGCCGCGGUUCUGGCCGAGAUUGUCCAUGGCCAAGUUGCCGUUGCGGCGGGGGACGUAGCCGAUGCCGGUGCCGGAGCGCUUAGAUUGCAGGCCACCGGUGAUGACUUCGGUGUCGAACUCGUCGUCGCUGUCGAUUUCCUCGACGACGCCUGUGCGGAUGCCGAGGAUCUCGAGCAUGCGUGCGGUCGUGCCGCCAAAGAUGAUGACGGUCAGCACGACGACGACAAGGACGGUGGCGCGGAGGGCGCGGACGUGUGUGCCUUCAAUGAGGGCGGCUAGGGCGACACCGACGGCUCCGCGAAGACCGGCCCAGAAGAGCAUCGCUUGGUAGUUGUAGGGCAGCUCGUCGGGGACUUCGCCGGCGCCGCGGCGGCGGGCGCGGUACCGGAUGAAGCCGUUGAUGGCGCGGGAGAGCGGGAACACGGCGACCCAGCGGGCGGCGCAGACGGCGAGGGCGGUGAUGAUGAUGAGGGGCGGCUGGAAUUCGAGGUUGGUGUCGGAGAAGAGGGUUAAUCCAAGAUAGAUGAAGAUGAAGUUUUCGGAGAGCUGCGACAUGGUCUGGAAGACGUAUUUGGUGGUGAGCUGCGUGCGGCGCGACAUGUUGAAGUAGGCGUAGUGCUUGAGCGUGAUGCCGCAGAAGAGCAGCGACACGAUACCGGAAAGAUGCACGGCGUGGCUGAAGAAGUAGGUCGCGUAGGCGAUGAGGAAGAUGAGACAGCUUUCAAUCUUGGAGAAGCGGCGGACGUAGGUGAACUUGAGCAGCAGCGCUGCGCCGAUGCCGACGACGACGCCGAUUAACAUGGACAAGAAGAAGACGAACAAGAAGAUGCCGGUACCUUCGAAGAAGGUGAGGACGCCCAGGUUGCGCUUAAUGUCCUCGCCGUCGUCGUUGACCUUUUGGACGUACUUUUGCGCCGUCUCGAAAAUGACAAUGGCAAUGGCGUCGUUGAGGAUGGACUCGCCAAAGAUGAUGGUGUAGAGCUUCGGGUCGACCUUGUACGAGUUGAAAAUGGCGAGAAUCGUGACGGGAUCCGUGGCAGACAGUGUGGCGCCGACUGAAAUGGCCUCGACAAAGUCCAGGUCAAUCAUGCCGGGGAGGCGUGUGAAGAGCCACAGGAUCAGGCCAAUGACGACGGCCGACAGGAAGGUUCCGGCAAACGCAAAUGUUAGGAUGGUGCCAAUGUUGCGGAAGAAGUUGGCUUGGUGUAGCUCGUAGCCGGACGACAGGAUAAUGGGCGGCAGCAGCAGGUUGAAGAAGAUCUUGUAGUUAAAGCCCAUGUUUUCGGUAAGUGGCGCGGCGGAGGUGAUGCGCAGGAUCAUGCCGACAGUCAUACCUAGAGCUUUUGUUAGACCACGGCAAGCUUUGGGACGAGCAGAUGAUACGCACCGGCAAAGAUGGAAAUAACGGUUUCGUGGACAGCCGUCACCUUUUUAAUCUGGAGCAUGUAACUGGUAAAGAAGGCCGCAAUGAGCAACAUAAUGAAGAUGAAGAUGGCCCAUGCCGCAAUGAUUUCGGACUGGGCGCCGUCUCCGGGAUCUAAGGGCCCUUGUUAGUAUUCGGUCGAUGUUGGUCGGGGCGCUGCGCAAACGUACUCUCUUCGUCAUCUCGGCCUUUGGAGGAAGGAAAAAGCGUUAGCUGUCAAGGUUGCUUGCCGGGGCGAGGACCACCAUGUGAUCGCCACAAAGAACGUACGAAGCAGCUGGUAGCCGAGACCAGCGAGGCCUGCGGUUACAGACAUGAUGCGGGAAAUAUUGAUAGAGUGUGUUGUUGUAGUCGGGAGCUCUUGUUGGAGAGCCUUACGGCAUGCGCAGGGGGAUCAUGAGCUGACGGGGUGGUUGGUAGGUAGGGCGGACUGGGGCCUGUGCUUGUGGGCGCAAAGCGAAUUGGGCGGCCGCGGGCGAAUUGCAAAAUGGACGAUGCGCUGGAUUGCGUGGUUGCGGCGGACAAGAUGCGGGUGUUGAUGUGGUUGGAGUUGCGGAUGCAGGAAACGCGCGGCUGCUCCAAAGUUGCCAGCUUGGUCGUUGUGUUCCAGGAGGCUUUGCCUGGUGGCGUUGCUGACUUGCCUGGCCGCCGCCUGUGGAG